AUGGAGUCCACACAAUCCCUUCUUUCCCAAAAGUCCUCGGACUCAGGGCUUCACAUUCAGCUUCACCCUCUGGUACUUCUCACCAUCUCUGAUCACAUCACCCGACAUGCCGCACGGCGGCAACAAGGCCCAACUAUCGGGGCCCUUUUAGGCCAGCAAAAUGGACGAGAGAUCACCAUCGAGCAUGCGUUUGAGUGUCCUGUCACGGUUGACACAUCUGAGGCCCUUCUCCCCGAGCCAUGGUUUGAGGAGCGACUGAAGCAAUUCAAGGAUGUACACAAGGACCCUCCUCUCGAUCUUGUGGGCUGGUGGUCAACUGCUUCACCAUCAGGUCCCGAGGCCUCACAUCUCCCCGUCCACCGCCAGCUUCUCCAAGACUACAACGAAUCCGCCCUCUUUCUAGCCUUCCACCCCUCUCAACUCAAGACCGACUCGCUCGGAGCGAAGCUUCCAUUGACGAUCUACGAGAGUGUCCUUGAAGGGGAGAGCGCCGCAGAUGGCUCUAAGGAUAUGCAAAUAGAUGGCGAGGAGCGAGCUAUGAAUAUCCGCUUCCGCGAGUUGCCAUAUUCUGUCGAAACCGGCGAGGCGGAGAUGAUUGGGGUUGACACCAUUGCCAAGGGAUCUGGAACUGCUUCAUGGACCGAACCCGCAGCCCAAGGCUCAAAGAACACCAACAAGAAUAAGAAAGAAAGCUCACAGGCGGAGCUAACACAAGAGGAAGAAGAAUUAAUCGCAAACCUCAACACCCGCCUUAACGCCAUUCGCACCCUUGAAUCCCGAAUCUCCCUCAUUAAAUCUUACGUCUCCAGCGUCACAGAAUCAAACGAUCCCGCCAACCCAUCCUCUCCACAAAUGUCGCACGCCAUCAUUCGCAACAUCAACUCGCUCAUCGCUCACCUCUCCAUCCUGUCCCCGCGUGAUGCGAACGCCUUCAGAUCCGAAGUUCUCUCGCAAAACAACGACGUCAAACUCGUUUCCCUCCUCGGUCAAAUGGGCGAAAGCGUCAAGGCCAUGACUGAACUGGGCCGCAAGUCGGUUAUCGUCCAAGGAGCGCGUCAGACGAAACAGGCCCGGACACACAUGGAACCUAGCACUCUACCUAAAAGUUUUGAGGAGGAACUGUUUCGUCAAGAUUUGAUGGGCUCCCGAGCAUAG